GAAGAACGUAGUUUUGCGACGAACACAAACGCAGACUGAACUGCAGAAACAUGACACCGUUCCGUGUUUGUUUAUAAUCGAUUCACACUAUACGCUAAGCGGGAUGAAGCAAACGCAGAGCUGGCCCGCAUAAAAGUGCAUUUUUUCUCGUCCCUUGGUCCCGGGGGUAACCAAAAACGUUAACCAGUAAUUGCGAACCCAAUCGAUGACGCUGCCCCGGAUGCUAAAAAUAAUAGAAUCUUCCAUUGAGCUGGAGCUGCACGUACGUGGUAUUGGUGAUGAUUCCGAAUUGUGGCGAAUUUUGGCAAUGUCAUUCGAAGGUUUCCUGCCGUAGGUGAGGUGUGCAAUUUCGGUAAUAUCGCAGUUGGGUGCAUAGCGACACCCCCUGUUCGCCAUCAUAUCGGCGGGCCAUCCUAGAAAACCGGAUAUCCGCCUGUGUCACGCGCGUGUGUGUGCGUGUGUGCUUCCUUUCCGAUGGGUGACGAGCUGGACAUGAACUUUGCGGGUUUGCGGGACAAGAAUGAGAUCAUCCGAAAGUACGUGGACAACCUGAACCGUCUCCGGCAUCUGGCUGCCCUGCGGGGCCAAAUCAGCGAGACCGAGUUCAACAACUACCUGAUACGGCACUACUUCCACAACAAUAACAUCAUCAACUACAUCUUCGACAAGCAUACGAGCCGCACCCUGCUGAAGACGGUGAUCGAGCGGAAGAAAAAGAUCAUCAACUUCAUCUUUCUGCUGUUGACGCUGUUUGUCGUGUUCUCAUACAAGCAUGAGGUGUCGACCAUCGUGCUGCGCAAUAUCCAGAGCUUCAUCUACCCGGGGAUGCGCUAUUGGCGCAAGGCCACCGUGCCGAUCAUCGCUUCGUAUCCAGCGCUCACCGAGUACUACGACGAAAGCUGCCUGCUGACCAAUCCGUACUUUCAGGUCGAAAAUCUCAACUGUGAUCCGUGCGCGGACGUGGCCAAUGUGCUUGAUUUCACCGCCGUGCAUGAGCCGCGCUCAACGUUGGUCGCUUCGGCCGCCGUCAAUUAUCCGUACAUUUUCAAAACGCAAAAGGAGGUGGUCGACAUCGGCAGUGUGCAAGCGCUGGUCGAACAACAUCGGUCGGUCUUCACCAAGGAUGCGUAUCGGGUUCAAUCAACCGACGAUGCUAUUCACAAUCUGGAUGAUUUGUUUCGCGUGUUCGCGAACGUCAGCGGUACGACCGGUGGCCAUGGGACAAUCCCCGCACCUGAAAGCCACAAUGUGUGGCGUUGCAACCGGAUGGAACCGGCCCGAUUACUGCGAAGGUUGUUUCCCCGGCCUAACCGACUUCCGGCGACGGGUGUCAGUUUGGAACGGUACCUGCUAAUCGAUACACCUCAGGCACCGCUCUACAGUGUCCCCGAUGCGGAGUGUGCCAAUAUGUUCGUCAUCCAAGGAAGUGGCAGCAGAACGUUUAUGCUACGACCCACACAGGAAUGCAGGCAUCGCUGUCGGACACUUUCCGUCCGGUUGCCUCCUUAUUAUGGAUUGAUUUACAACUGGUGGUACUGGAGACCAGUAUCGUUGCCGGAAUUCAAUGCCAAAACCCCAUCGAUUAGCUAUGUAGGCAGUUACUGUUGAGUAACGGAAAAAAACCAUCACACCAAUGCCAAUCGGACAAGCAGAAGCACGAUGUCCGCCUGGAAUACUGGAAUGUAUUGUGUAUAGUUGGAUGUUGCAUUUAUGACUAGUUCCAGAGGAUUGUUGUACUUCAUCUGGCCUGUUAUUACUCAACGCCAAUGAUGAAUGUGUUAUCUAGCGGUAGAAAACGAACAGGACCUAAUUUAGAAUCAGCAUGCUUUGCAACACAGCACACAACAGGGCGAUACUGUCGUGUACGAUAGGCAUUAGUCCAUGCUUCUUAUUUAAUUUGACCUUUAAAUUAUUUUUUCUCGGCAACGCGCGUUCCUUGUUUCGGAGCCAAAAAGAGGCAAUGGAGAGGGUAAAACAAAAGUAAAUCAAAUAGUGAAGCUAUUCAAAUUGGCGGAAAACAAAACUAGCGAGCCUAACGUAAUACACAGCAGCACGCCAAUUAAUGUGAAUGUAUAUAGGAUGAAUGUAUAUUUAAAUUAUAUAGCAAACUAAACAAACACACACACGUAAACAAGCACGCGCAUAAUCUAAAUACCUAAAUGGCAGCAAAGCAACGGCACAAAGCGUACACGCGAUCAGGUCAUUUUUAGUAGCAGUCGUACCUUCUUCCGGAUAUACCACCGGAGUAAGAGUAAGUUAAACGAGAAAGUUUACUAUUGAUCCAUUUCCACUGCACACACACACUCUGUACGCCAUGUGAUCUGCAUCGUUAUGAUAUUCUUUGGAAACGUGUGAUCAUCAGUGAGGGAAAAUCUAAAAACGGUUCUAAACCAAAACAUUACAUGAGAUUUUGUAUGCUCCACUGGUUGGCAUUGAGAGAGAGAGGGACUGGCAAGCGAUGAUUUUGUUUGUUUUAAUAAUUUCGCAUUUCUGAUUAAUUUUGAUAUAAACUAUAAAUGAAUGUAAGUUGCUGUUUGUGUAUAGUGUAUAGACAACAGAGUGCUUCGCGUGCGAUCGUUUGGUGGUAAAAUUUAUCUAUCUCUCCACCAUUAUUAAAUUUCUAUCCUACCGAAAAGGAUCUGAAUGGAAAUGUUCCCAAAUUGGAUAAAUAAGAUGGGUAAAGAUCGAACAUGCAGCAAAAAGAAAAUAACGGAUUUAAAAACGUAUAACCAUACCGGAAGUUGUCCAGCCCUUAAAACUCCGGUCCUUAACGAAUGAGUACACAAGCGUUUAUAGGCGUUUCCGGUAAACCAAAUGCAAUCAAACAAAGCAAUUCAAAAUGGCCAUAAGAAAUGAUUGUUUCCUUUUUUCUUUUUAAGACGAAGCAAUAUGAUGCUAGCCAAACAAACCAAGAAAAAUGUGUUAAAUCACAAGAAAGCGAUAAGAACGAAAGAUGUGUGAUAUGGUAAUGCAUUAGACAAGCGUGAGUUUGACAACAUAAAAAGAAAUUAUAA